GCCUUUGACAUAUGAUUGUGAAGCACAUUCAAACAGGAUCAUAACAAUGGCCAAGGCUCACAAGCCCAAGAAUGACAGAUCAAAUACAACAGACUCAGUGGUAAAAGUUUCCAAAGCACUGUCUUAUUUAUUAAGACAUGGAGCAGAAAAAAGAGGUUUAAAACUACUGCCAGGUGGAUUCCUCUUUCUUGAUGACAUAUUGCAACUUCAGGAUUUUCAUUCUGUAACUGUAGAUGAAAUAAAACAUGUUGUAGAAACCAAUGAUAAGAAAAGAUUUACAUUAGAAACAGACUUAGAGUCUGGCAAGUUAAGGAUAAAAGCUAAUCAAGGACACAGCAUCAAGGUUGAAGAUCUUGAACUGCAGCCUAUUACAGAUGCAACAAAAUAUCCAAUAGUUGUUCAUGGAACAUAUGUACGACCAUAUAAACAAAUAGAAAAAGAGGGUCUGAAACCAAUGGGGAGGAUGCAUAUUCACUUUGCUCCUGGUGAACCUGGACAUCAUGAAGUUAUUAGUGGUAUGAGAAAUUCCUGCACGGUUCUAAUUUAUUUAAAUUUACAAAAGGCUAUGCAAGAUGGCAUAGAGUUUUUUCUGUCUCCAAAUAAAGUGAUACUUUCUCCUGGUAAUAUAGAUAAAGUCAUUCCACCAGCUUAUUUUGACAAAGUUAUUAACAGAAAAACAGGAGACAAGCUUUUACAAGAUGGAGUUCCCCUAAAUAUUGAAAAAGAAGAACUGGAAUCCCAAUCUAGUAUUGUAACUGCUGAAGAUAUCGCCAAUGAAUUUGACAAAAAGAAAAACAGGAGAAAAAAGAAAUAAUGAAGUUGAUAUUUAAGUUUUUAAAUUGUUAUAUAUUAUUUUAAUCUUUUGUUUUUACUGCCACAGUUUUUAUUACAGCCUUUGGUAAAUCCAUGCUUAAUACUAGUAAUUUCAUGAAAGAAAAAGAGAAAGGAAUAAAUUAAUAUAUUAGCA